GCUAAAGGCAACUUGUUCAAAACAUAGCAAAGAAGCGCGUAUUAGCUCAGAUUUAAAAGCGGUUUACAAAUAACUAAUCUAAAGCAAAUAAAGUGAUCAAAAGACAUUUAGGAUAUAUUACUAUCCGUCAUUUAUAAUUGAUACGUGAUAUAAAUGAAUGGUAUUUUGUUUCGUUCUGAUAAUUAAAUUUUUAUGGACAAAUAAUGGCGUCAAUGAAACAUGCAACAGAUAGCUACAUGCGUUGAAUCAAUCAGUGGUUAAAAGUGUGAAUAAAACAGUGGAAUUUUGGAAAUAAAAGAUCCUCAAUUAAGAUAGUAAAAAACAACGACAGAUACUACAAGAAUAACAUCAGAAAAGUUAAACUAUCCGACCAAAACUCGAGACCCUCAGUCAGGUAACAUGGCGAGAAACAUGGCACUCAAUCUGGAUAUUGUUGUAUUGCUGGUGACUACUUUACCAUUGGUUUUCAGCAAAGGUUGUCCAUUUGGCAUUCAACCUGUAAUAUUUAUGCAGUUCCGUCCAACUGCAGUAGCAACGGUCGGGUCAAAUAUCCAGUUGUACUGUAAUGCAACGACAAUGGGACUUGAUGACCUUGGAGGAGAUCCAUUUGUUCUUGGUAUUUACAACAAACAGAAAAAACUAAAAUCGUGUGAAACUAGAAAAAAUGCCUUGGAGUGUGUAUUAGACUUCCCCAACGUUAAUCAUGCAGAUGGAAAAGCUUACUUUUGUGUAGCUAAACUAACUGCUGGAUGUUCCCAGAAAAACAGAACACUGAUAGUCGAAGACUGUACCAAUCGGAAAGCAGAUAAACUUUCCCUCUUUGCGGAAUUCACUGAAAGAAAUACCAUCUCCUAUCGCUGGAAAUACACUGUCGAAAAUUGCGACUUAGUAUAUCAUGUAUAUUGGGCAAAGGAUGGGCCAGUUUCUUUAAAUUCAAGUUCGGUGAGGUUAUCUUUGAACACAACAUCGUUUGAACUUCGAGGAAGAGAUUCCAGAACAAAAUACUGGGUUGGUAUGGUUAUCGAAACUAGCAAAGGGCUUUCAAGAAUCUACCGAGUGGAUAACCCGCUUGUUCCAGUUUGCACAAGUAGAAAAUAUGGAAGUUUCUCGAUGAAUGUCACGGUAACAACAAAUAACACAAUUUCUAUCAAUUGGAAAUAUGAGGUGGAACAUUGUGACCAACGCUUCUUUGUGUAUUGGUCAAAUGAAGGCCCGUUAUCACUGGUUGCUAAACCAAAGAGAAUUAUAGAUGAUAUGAAUUCGACUUCACUGGAAAUCAAUGGCUUAGAGCCAAAUUCUACAUACUGGAUUGGCAUGGCUGUGAGUACGACAAAAGGGAUAUCCGAGAUAUAUACUCAAAAUGUUACAUUAGGGAUAGGUGUGGCAGGGGACUUCGAUAACGCUGAUAAAUCCAAUCGGGAAAAUGACGACAUAACGACACCCGUUGUAAUAUUUAUUGUGUUGAUUGUUUGUUUGUUGGCUGUCGCUGGUAUAGCGUGGAUCACGGUCAGGAAAAGAAAUCGAAACCUCCGGGAUGCGAUUCCUGCUACACAAAUGUCAAAUGGCGCAGCUCGGAAUCUUGGCAUUCUUUUUCCUGAAGCUGAAGUCCUGGAAACUGCAGAAGAAAAGCCGUUACCUCUUAAAGUAGCCAUUGACGAUGAUUUUGAGGGAAAUAAAAAGAUCGUAGAUACAGAGCAAUCAUUUGAAGAUUCUGAAUACUUGACCGUUAUUGACGAAUGGGAGAUGCCACGCGAGGUCCUUUCAAUAACCAGCAGGAAACUAGGGUCAGGUCAAUUUGGUAUUGUGAAGAAGGGAACAUUUCGUAGAAGUGAUGCAAAUGGAGAGAAUAUUGAUAUUCCUGUGGCAGUAAAAGUUCUUAGAGAAAACGCUACAGAAAUAGAUCGCUCUGAUCUUUUUACAGAAUUGCGCAUCCUCAAAUUUGUCAACGUUACCCCUCAUAAAAAUAUUUUAAAACUUAUCGGUGCGUGUACUUCCGAAGAACCUUUUGCAGUUGUAACAGAAUUUUGUUUGAAAGGAAAUCUUAAGGAUGUUUUAAAAAUGUACCGAGAAAUAUUGAAUGGAACAAUUCCUGCAAGUUCAGAGCCGAGAUUAACCGAGGAACAGUUGCUUAGUAUAGCGGUAGACGUCGCUGCUGGAAUGAAACACCUGGCGGCGAUGCAGUUCGUCCACCGUGAUCUUGCCGCACGGAAUAUUUUGGUCACAGAAUCAUGGAUUGCAAAAAUAUCAGACUUUGGUCUCGCAAGAGAAACAUCAAGCGGAGAAUACAAAAAAUACCGCCGGAAUUUGUUGCCUGUGAAAUGGACGGCGAUUGAGGCUUUGGUUGAAGGAAAAUUCACCUCUGCCAGUGACGUGUGGAGUUACGGUGUUCUCUUAUGGGAAAUAUCAAAUAUUGGCGGGUCGCCGUACAAAGGAAUCUCACCGCAUGAUAUUAUGACUCACGUUGGUUCAGGCGGUCGGUUAAGUAAACCUGAUCGUUGUUCACCUUAUCUAUUCUCAAUCAUGUCAGGGUGCUGGGAGACGUUCCCAGAGAAACGGCCUACGUUCACCGUUCUGCAUCAAAAACUGUCAUCGAUGUUGGAAGAAUCAGAGGCAACCUAUAUUAAUGUUGAGUUCAUGCCAGACAACGACGAGAGGAGAGAUGAGGAAAAAUUUGAAAGAUACACACCAUCAGUGUUACAACACAGUGCUACGAUUAAAUAAAUACAGUAGAACGUUACAAAUGCGCCCUGUAAUGAUCAAAACUUGACCAGAGUGAAUAUUUUUGUUUUCAAAUCAUGAAAAAAAAACUUGUGGGAAAUAAUAAUAAAUUGGCCAUAAAUGUAUUGCAUAAAUAAGUUGCUAACCAAUGUAAUAGUGUUUGAGAAACAAAAACUCACGUUCGAAGAACAAAAAGUCGUUUGACACAAACUUAAGUCUGCUCAUUAAAAUAGAGAGGCAAGAUAAAGUAUGAAAUAUUUACAUAGGUGCCUGUGGACUAAUUCAAAAGUAAAUUCCGAAGGAAAUUUGUCACGAAACGUAUAAAUGCCAAAAGAUUUGAAAUGAGAGUCAAAUUGUAGAAUUG